UAUUGCUGAACCACAAAUAUAUGUCCCCCGAAAAUUACCUUGCUAUACGGUAUUUUUUGCCAUGAACUGAUGUGUGGUCCUUUUGAUACUUCUGAUCCUAUUCCAGGCUGAUUCGUGAAGCCUCUAGAUUAUUACCAAGAAGAUGUCUGACUAUCUCACGAUAGCAGAUCUAGGAAAGCUGUACAUAGCUACGUUUGAUGCUCGAAUCAAGUGGCGAAACUUCUUGCUAGUUCUUGAGAUAUCCUCGGAUACCAUUGACAGCAUAGGUACGAAAUGGCGAGACGAUCCUGAUGACUGCUAUCGUGAGGGUUUGAAAGAAUGGCUGAAAGGUGGGGAGAGACGCUGGGAAGAUGUUUUCAAAGCUUUGUCCAGCCCUAUUGUUGGCCACGUUCACAUAGCCAGGACCAUCAAGAGAGAUCAUCUACAGUCUACUGGUGCAAGCAAUCCUGAAGAUGUGAAGUCAGAGGUUGACCAAAAUCGUCAACAGAUCAAUGACGAUUUGACUGUUUUCUUGGAUGAGCCUCUCGGUAAAGGUGCAUUUGGAGCAGUCUUCAAAGGCAGCUACAGGAGCGAGAUUUGUGCAGUCAAAGUGCUGCUUCAUGAUGCUAUGGAGAUGCAGGCAAGUAUUCCCAUCAGCAAAAAUGAAGAAGCUAGCAAUGCAAUUGAUCGUGAGAGUGAUUUUCUGAAGUCGUUCCAGCACCCAAACGUUGUCCAGUUUUUGUCGACUGCUAAGCACCCCAAAUCAGGUGGUACAAUCCUCGUUGUUGAGCUGAUGGAUUGCAGUCUGAGAUCUUAUUUCUCCGGUCUUGAUGAAGAGUCCUUCACUAGUGAAUGUGAAAUUAGCCUCUCCAAAGACAUGGCUUGUGGUCUGGCCUACAUUCACAGCAAGCAGAUUAUCCACCGUGACCUCUGUGGUGAUAACAUCUUGCUGAAGCUUACACGACCAGUGCCUGUCGCAAUGAUUUCCGACUUUGGCAUGUCACGGCUAUACGAUUCCUCCAAACUUAGCUCCACCCUCACAGCCAUUGGUCACCGUAGAGGGUAUCUACCUCCCGAGGCCUAUCGAUUGGAAGAGGAGAAAUACGAUAGUAGCCUGGAUGUGUUUUCCUAUGGAGUGAUUGUUGCACAGAUUGUUUGCAAACUGGAAUCGAUUAAAUCAGCCAAGGAUCGAUUAUUCCAUGUUUCCCAGAUCCCUCGCACACACAGGUUGAGGAAACUUAUUGACAGUUGUUUGAAAGAAGAUAUGAGGAGGAGACCAUCUGCCAGGGACAUCUAUGCUCACCUGACAAGAAGCGUGGAGGCAACAAAGAGAAGGUCUCAACCAGUAAUUAAGGGUCCCCCUCCCAGAGAGUUGAGACUUCCACUUACUCUGAAAUUGAAAAGAGGAAAAAACAUGCCAAUCAAGAUGGGCACCUCGGUACAUACUGUUGUAAUCGGUGACACGGUGUAUGUUGGUGGAGGGAUGGCAGACAUUUAUCGUGACAGGUGUACUGUGAUGAAGCUCGAGCAAGAUCAAUGGACCAAACUACCACAGUAUACUGCCAGGUAUUUUGCUAUGACAUCACUCGCUAAUCGACUAGUGCUGGUGGGAGGUCGUGAUUCAAGAAGCGGCCAACCCACCAAUCAACUUUCAGUGUUUGAGUCAGGGGAAUGGACGCACCCGUACCCACCAAUGAACAUUGCUCAUAUUUAUUCAACAGCUGUCUCCUUCAAAAACCACAUUAUUGUAGCUGGUGGGAAAAAUGACAAAGAAUGUAUCUCCUCUGUGGAGGUAUUAGACGUAGCAUCUGGAAGAUGGAGUAUUUCUCAGUCACUACCUAAUCCACAAUAUGAAAUGAAAUCGACGCUCAUAGGAAACACCCUCUACCUAAUGGGAGGGUGGGAUCACACUUACGCAGAAACCAGGACAGUGCACCACGUCAACCUCAAUGAACUUAUUGCAAAGGCCUUUUCAAACCAGGACGACACGCCAACUCUCUGGAAAACGAUACAAGACACACCGUUUCAGUUCUCAGCUCCUUUCAGUAUUGGGAGGUCACUAUUAACCGUUGGUGGAAGAGACGAUAGAGUCAACCCAAGUUCAUCGAUCCUCCUCUACCAGCCCGACACAAGGAAAUGGGUGAAAGUGGGAGACUUGCCUACUGCACGAUGCAGCUGCACAUGCUCAGUACUUCCUAGUGGAGAGGUCAUUGUAGCCGGAGGACAGACAAAAACAUUUCACUAUAUCCAAACUGUGGAUUUAUUUUCUAUAAGUGCUUAAUAGUUGUUUUGUUAUAGUUUUAAUGUCGUGCAUUGGGGUAACAACACUUGAUACAUGCAUGGAUCAUUGUAUCAGCUAUAAAA